AAGGCUGGUGAUUGAAGCCCAAAAUCAAACGACGAUCAUUGGAAUCUACCAAUCAUGAUCAAUGGAUCACUUGCGGACCAGAGGAUCCCGUCUGGAGUUAGGGAUUUCUAAUCCUCUGUUGGGUAGCCGACCAGUGAGACGGAAUCAUCUGGUGGUGGAAUAAACGGAAUGUCGAGAUCCACGCCCUUCUCUUCCCCUCAAGCGGCCGCGACCUGGCUCCAGCUUCGCCCCUCGAUUGCCACAGCAACUCGCUGAUCCCUGCCUCCAAUUUCUCCUUCUCUGCUUCGAUCACCUUUAGCUUCCGGCUCGAAGAGUUCUCUUUGGCCGUUCAACUAUGCCAUGAUUUCUUUAAGGGGUUUUUGGAGCAGGCAUAGAAGGAAGUUUCUGGUUUCUCUCGGCGUUGUCGGUGGUGGAUAUCUCGUCUACAAGCUCUAUGAGAGUCACACUAGGAGAUUGUCGGGUUUGGAGCAGCAGCUUGAAGGCGCUCGACAAGUCGAUGAACUCAUCAAGAAUCAAUUGCAAGUGCAUUUUGAGAACAUCCAGAGGAUUUCCGACACGACCACGCUUCCUUAUGCGAUGCACUACCUGCGGUCUAGGGUGUCUGAGGAUUUGGACCUCUUACCCCUGACGGAGAAGCUUAUUCAUGGGAAGGGACAGUCAAGCUCACUUCCCCUCAAGGAGAAGCUCGAGCUGUGGGAAAGGCUUAAAAUUCUAAGUUUCACAAGGACAGCAGCUUCUUUGUGGUCAAUGACUGUGCUUUGCUUAUAUGUCAGAGUUCAAGUUAACAUUUUAGGAAGGCAAUUGUAUGUAGAGAUUGCCCGUGGCUUUGAGGAUGCUCAACCUCUUAAUGAGAUUGACUCAUUUAAAAGUCAUGGGCAACAGGACUUUCUUGCUACCGCAGAUUAUUUAGCUACCUAUGGGAUCAAUUCAUUAAUUAUGAACAUGCAGACUGCAGCUAAGGAAGUUCUCAAAGACAAGCAGCUUAAGGAGCCUGUUAGCAUAGCAACACUGCAUGAGAUAAUGAUCCAAAUUCUGGAUAUGUUCAUGAACAUUGGCUCAUUAAAUUACUGGAUAAGUUAUCUGGUUCCUGAAAAUGUUCAUGACUACAAGCAACAGAUGGCCAUGUCUGCCAACGGAUUUGAAGAUUCUUCUCCUCUUAUGGAUGCCACUAAACUGGAACAGCUUUUGUCUGAGACUCAUUCUGUGCUGUCAAGCCCAGAUUUUGGAAAAAUCUUGGAUAUAUCUCUGAAAAAGGUUGUUGAUGUUUUGGUCGAUGACAUUAGCAAUCAAGUCGCUGGGACAAGCUCCUUGGGAGUUCCCUUAGCCAAACUUUUGCCUCAAAUUGUGCGGUUAACCUCGCCUCUACUUGAUGAACCCCGCGGCAACAAAUUUGCACAGGCCAUUCAAAGCUUGCCGGAGGUUGAACUGUUCUUCACACUUUUAUAUGCGAACAUGUCAUUACUAUCGUAGGCCUACAUACACCUCCGUGCCUUCAACUUCAUAUACAUUUGCUUAAAAUGAUAGUACUAGUGUGUACAAUCUGCACUAUGGCAUUCUCGUUGGUGGCCUCCAGAGGACUCUACCAACCAAUGCGUGAAAGAUAGUCUUUGCAAACCCAUUAAAUUGCAAAGUUAUCCUUAAUCAAAGGUUUCAGUGUAUGCUGUCUAUCACUUGGGAGAAUGUCUCCUACUAAGUUUGGUGAACACAUGCAUGCAUUUCAUGCUAUAUUUUUCAUGCUGCGUAUACAAUAAUUAUUCUGAAUCAUGUUUAUCCUUGAUGA